CUUAUUUAAAGCAAUUCUUGAAAGUACAAACAAAAAAUAUAGGGAGCAAUAGCACAUUUCUAAAGCUAUUACAAAAUUUAUCUAUAGUAUUUUUAAUUCCCUUAACAAAGUGAAAUACUUUAAUUUUUUAAGCAUAUAACUGCUAGAUGUUUCAAACCUAAAGAAAAUAUUACUAGAAAAAAAUCCAUGUGGACCAGGCAGCAUAUGGGACUCGAACCCGCACCCUUCGCUGUCUGGGUGAAUGCACUGACCAUUUAUGCCAAAGCGGCCCUGAUGGCCGUGUCGAAUUCUUUCUAGCCUUUAUUAAGCUGCAAGGCAGCACCAUCUCUUCGCAUUAUUUGCCAGAUCGCAGCGUACACACCGAAGCAGACGUACUCGCAAUACAUAAUGCCUUACGGGGACCUGAACCCGGGCGCUCGUCGCCGUCACAACGUGCGCGUCGUCACUGUAGGCCGUUAUCGGAUGCUGAAAGAUACUGUCACUCAUAAGAUUCUGAAGACCAAGUCUGAGAUAUCGGCCUUAUCUGACUUCCUGGACUGGUUGGAGAAAGAGAAAGGAGACGGCAGCGUCAUCCUCAUCUACCACGAGCCUCGCCGGCUCAGCCCCACUAUGUUGCUUGAAGCGCUCACCAGGUACAAGCUAUUGGACCGCUUCAAGACCAUCGUGGCAGGUUUUGCUGACAGCUACGCGUUGGCAGCGGACAAAUGCAAGACCACAGUGAAGUCGGUGUCGUUGAGAGUAUUGGCCAGAGUUUUGCUUGAUGCCGAUUCAUUGUCCGUAGACAGUGCAUUGGAUAGAGCCACUGCUGCCUAUAGAAUUGUUGAACAUCUCGCACAAGGGGAACAGCAGGAAGUAGGUGGUGGGGGCGAAGGCGCCGGUGCCAGCGUCGACAUGGUGGAGACCGCGCGCAACUGGGCCCGGCCUGUGCACACCGAGCUCUCCGCGCUCGCAGACCUCAAGCGGCUGCUCGAGAGACAGAACACGUUCCGGCCAGUGUUCGCGCCGUUACUACGGUCCGCGCGGCCGGAACGUAAACGGGUGACGCAGCUGAGGCGUUUGUUAGCCGACGCGGGACUACUGUAUGAACAACUCAAGGACGCCUGGCAGGAACAGAAGCUAGAUGGUUUAGAAAAGCAGUUGGCAUCAUUAUCGGUGUCAGCGAAGGAGGAAGACAUUAAGGAGCUCAUAGAAAUAUUCGACUGCCACUUCGAUCCCGCCAAAGAGCCUAAAGGCCCGAAACCUAGACUUCCAAGAAAUAGGACUAGGGCGACGUCGUCAGCGGGCGAGACGGGGGAAGCCGAAGGCACUUCCAGCGAGUCCCAGCACAGCUCCCCGCACCAUUCCCCAAAUAACAUUAAUACCAACACCAGCGGCAACGAGGUAGCGGGAGAUACUAGUCAAAAGGUUGCAGCGCCAGAGCCCGUGGCGGCUAACUAACGGCUGGCCAACAAAAGCUAGGACUUUUCUACUACACAUUACUAUCGUUUAGCGUCGUAACAGAGCCAUAGGAAUGUGACAAAAAAAUAACAUUUAUUCGUAUUAUACACUAGGUUAAGUCUCCUUUGGAAUUGAAAGAACAUUGUUUUGCAUGCAUCGGUGAACGAGUUAUCACAUUGUUGGUUUAUUUUUUUUAUUUUUUCCGAAUGUUCUGCGAACGCCCAGGUUAUACUUUCUCCUUUGCUUUGCGCAUAAAGUUUUUAUCUAUUAAUUAAUAGUCGGUAAUGUAGUUGAGUGCCUUAGCAACUCAGUGUUAUAAGAAUAUAACUUUAUGUGUAUCCCAUAAUAAUGUUUUUGUGUCUACACGUAUUCGUGAACGACGUUUUGGUUGUUUUUGCAAUUGUCAUCAUCAUACAUAAUAAAUAUUAUAAGGCCGUUUAUAUACAAAAUGAAAUAUUUUUAAUGUCGCUGUUGUGUUGAGGCAGUGUUGUAAACUUUGGGGAUCGAAGUUUUAUACUAUUUUUAAUAAUGAUAUCACAGUUUUAAUAUAGCUUGAAGGAAGCAAUAUUUUAUUGUUUAAAUUCGGGGCUAAGAACAAGGAUAUAUUUAACAUAAAGUACAAUAUGUUUUAUUUAUUCAGAGUUACUUUAUUAUUUAAAAAUGUGUGCAAUCACAUGGGAACGGAUGGACUGAUUUUUUUGCAUCCGCAUAAUAUUUUAAAAUGUUUUAUUUAUUUAUUAUGGUUUUCCUUUUGUUUUUUCAUUUGAAGUAAAGUAAGUUACUAGGCUGUUAUUGAUGCAUUUUGCUGUAACACUAUGCCGCUCAAGUUGUUCCGUUUUGCCAUAAUAGAAAGUCGCUUGUCAAAAGCUGAAGUUUCCUUUUACCAUACAAUAAGCUAUUUAAUGAAGAAAAUAAAGUGUGUACCUAUUAACUUACCUCUAAUUUAGUUAGUUUUAACAUAGACUGUACAUAUAAUUUAAUUUCUUAUUUUGUUCAGAUCU